AUGAUAACUGCAGUUAUCUUUUGGGAGAAUGACACUCUCCAAAAAAGCAUAUGCUAUAUGAGUGAUAUAGACGAGGACAACAGGAUGAAGCGUGAAAUACAUAGUGGGGAAGUUUCUGCCAAAUCUUGUGGAAAACCAUGUUCUAAAAGCAAGUACAAUUCUAAACACUGCAAAUACCAUCUGAUUCCAACUGAGUUUGAUUGCUCUCUGUACCAGCAAGCUGAUCGGGAUUCAAACUUGAUAACUAAUGGUGUUAUAUUUCAUGGUGAAAAUUCUCCGAGAAACUAUAGUGAGGUGUAUCGGUGUCGUCAGGUUCUGCUGAUCAGAGAGAGAGAUUAG